AUGACGUCCUGGUUUACAACCAUGAUUGCAAUAACCAUCCUCUUGCCUACAGGUCGGCUCAGUGCUACCAGUUCAUGGCUAUGCGAAGAUUUUGAUGAUGACGACAAUGGUGUUGAAAACGGUGAUUGUGAUAAUAUGAUAAUGAUCUCAAAUGGUCAUAGUGAUUGGGGAGAUUUUAGCAAUGACAACAUUUAUGAUGAUUGUGAUGUUGACGGCUUGGUGAUAGACUGCUAUACUACAACAGUAGAUGACUACACCGGCCACCAGCAGAGGACAAAGAACGGAACAUCGUGCAUAAGAUGGGAUUGGGUCGAUGAUUAUGACUACUUAAAUAAACAAUUCAAUGACGUUACAGUAUCAGAUGCAGCCAAUUUUUGUCGUGCUGUAGGAAAGGAUUUUCUGUGGUGUUGGACGUCAAACAGUGGCGGUUGGGAUAAGUGUGGAAUCGAAAAAUGUGUUAACAACGGUAUAAGCAAAUGUGGAAAUCUGAAAAUUGAGCAACCAGCUUUAGUAGGAAGAAACGUAACGUUUACUUUUACCCCGGAUUCACAUGAUCAAGAUGCAGUUCUGGAAUGGCAACGUGCAACUGAAACUAAACGACAUACAUGGUAUACCCGUCCUUUGACAUACAAGUUCAUACAGUAUAAUGAAAAUGGAACAUACUACAUGGUCUUAACAAACAGUGUACCUAAAGGUGAUGAGCUAUAUUACCGGAUACAUUAUUUCAACGAAAGCAUGCACUGUUGGAUGGAGGCAGGGAAACUUGAACUUGAUGAUAGACACAAUAAUCCAUGUGGGUUUGUUUACCUUAGAACGAAAUGUGUAUUGAAGUACGAAAAUGUAUAUUUAGAAUAUUAUCCGUCUAAAGAUGUAAUGGAAAACCCUGAAGGUUUUGAGCGCCAGUGGGUUCGAUCAAAAAAUAGAUCUGCUUCUUAUAUAAAUAUAAAACUUGGAGACGAUAUUUACUUUGAAAACAUAAAAGAAAACGGAAUAUAUACAUUGACUGUUGCCAACAGCCGUAUGAACGGACACUACGGAGUUUAUUGUGGCAAAGAAGCGGGAUUUACGAAUAAUGUUUCAGUGGCUGUACAAGUUCCUCCAUCUGACAUCAAACUUGAAAUCAAAUUUUACUCGGUAGAUCCACUUCGUAUGUACGCUGUAUGUACCUUGAAAAAUUCGAAUUCGGUCUGCAGGGCUAAUUUUACGGCAAGCAACGACAUCAUCGGUUCAGAGAAAAACUCAAGUAGCAUGUGUCUCCCGCAUGGUGCGUGGAAAACAGAGUAUGUCAUUAAUUUGAAUAUCAGUCAAGAAGACAAUGGUACAUAUGUUACAUGUGCUGCCGAUUGCGCAUACUUCAAGGGCCUGGUACUUAGAGACACAAAAACAAUUCAACUUCCAUACCGCCCUGUUAUAAAGUUCAAUAUUUCUCGACCAAUGUUAAGUAUUACUAAAGGAGAAAGAGCACAUGUUAAAUGUGUAGCUGACAGCGUUCCGGCCUCUAAUAUAUCAUGGAUUGAGUUGACGGAUAAAGAAGACAAAAUAAAGAAGCAAUGUGAUUAUCAACAGGAAUGUGUUUUAGACGUUAAUGCAGAUGCCAUCUCUAAACAACACUUUGUGUGUGCGAUACGCUAUUUGAAACUGAGCAACAAUAAAACUUUGAUUGUUAACAUCUACAAAUCUAGUAAGCAAGAUAUUGUAUGA